AUGGUUUCCACGAAAUCGCGAACGCAACCAGGACUGCGCGACAAUGUUGGACAACGCUACAACGUGACACUCUUGCGUGUCGUCAGCAGCAUAUGGGUCCUAAAGUCUCAAACCGAGGAGCCUCUCGCCGCACUCAUGUGCUCGGAGGUUGUGAAAGUUGUCGAAGGCGUCAUCAAAAAUGCGAUCAGGUCCGCCCUAAAGCAAGCACGACAUUUGAUGAGCAGGCAGCUAGUUCAACAAGUAGACUCAAAAUCCAUUGAUACGUCCUUGGCAACCAUAGAUUCUUGGUCGGAUGGCCUUCGUCCCCAUCGAAAGGAUGUACUUGAGAUUGGUCCCUUUCGAGUUAUUGACUUUACCAACGUCUCUCAAGCGGGUGUACAGCCUUCACUCCCAGCUGAGAUCGUCCCUGACAUAGAUCACACCUUCAAUGAACCUGUCAUCGACGACUCACUGCGUAUCACAACCCCUUCGAGUCAAGGACUAGCUACCUCUAUUCCGGAUUACCUUCAAUGGUCUGAUCUGUUUGACCUGGAGUUUGAUACGUGGCUCGGCGCGCAGCCAGACGACUUUGGUAUCAAUACCAACUCUGCCGAACCACAGCUUGGUUGGCCGGCCACGAGUAUCGGUGUUGCCGAAUCUGCGGAGCUGCCUACCACGUCGUCCGCUCUUAUCGACGACCCGGACAUGAUAGCUCAAGCUGCAAAGCUCAUCAAGAACUUCUCGAAUCAUGUGAUUGGAGCUGUUGGCGCUCUGCCCUUUAAUGCUAAAUCACCGUUUGAGAUACUCAAUGUUACCAGUGCGAUACAAACAUAUGCCGAUAUUACAUACUUGGGCCGACCGAUAAAGCAUGCCAAUGCUGCUAACUUCUGCAGUGUUCUUGCUUGUUCUGCUUACUACCUCGCAGUAAAUGACCCUGAGUUAGGCAACUCGUCCAAUGGGUACUGGCUUGCGAUCGCAACGAGAGCUGGUAACUACGCCAAAGCACAUCUGCAGAAGUCGUUGCAAAGUGAAACUCAGGGUAAUGCAAAAGCAAAAUACAAAGAUCAGUUGAUGGCGCUCAUAUGCACCUUGACCUAUGCGAUCAUGGCCGGCCACCAAAGAGAUGCUCGCUGUUACAUGAUUGAUGCGGAAAGGUUGCUUCGAGUGCGCGGGCUUGCGAAAAGACAAAUAUCAAGAAGAGCCCGUCUGAUGCACCACAUGUAUACGUGGUUCAGGAUUGUAGGCGAAAGCACAUAUGUUCUCCAUGAGAUCAAAGGCCAUGUGCUCGGCAACGUACCAAUUCCACCUUCAGCACAAAAUCUCGUGCUUGAUGCUGGUCAUAAUGCUCGCUUGGAUGAUUUUCUACGUAUCGAGCGUCCUGAUGAUCAAGAUCUCGACCUCGAAGAACAGAAGGAUCCGGCUGUGGGUCUCCACGAUAUACAUCUUCAAGAUUCAAGGACGUAUCAGGACACGAUGUACUUGCAAAUAUACGGAUUGCCGGAAACUUGGCUCAGCCUGCUCUCGCAAACAACUCGACUAGCUAAUGUUGUAGACGCACAAAAGGCUGGACGUCUGUGCGGACAACACACGGCUCACAAAUCGAUAGAAAAGCGUGCCACGCGGCUGGAAGACAUGAUAUGCUCAUUUGCUGCACGUUCAAGCUCAGUAGCGCAGAGCGCAACGCCCCUAUCUUCUAGUCAUUACAUGCUCCAAGCCAUGAAUGCUGCUCUUGUGCUCUACUUCUACAGACGGAUCCGCAAUGUCAAUUCCCUCAUCUUGCAGAGCCACGUCGAUGAGGUGAUCGAAGCAUUACGCAAUUUCGACUUGUCUCUUAUUCGAUAUCAAGUUGCGUCUCCGGGAACUGCUUGGCCUGCAUUUAUUGCUGGUUGCGAAGCAAGUCCAGGCCCCAGACGAGACUACCUCUCGACUUGGGUGAGCAAUGCUUUCGCCAAAACAGGCUUACAGAGCUACAAAGCAGCUGAAACUAUGAUGUCGGGAGUGUUCAUGAGGAAAGAUCAAGUCGCUGCCUCUCCACGCUCUGCGAGAAAUGCUGGCCCUGCGACAACAUGGAUUGAGAUCUCUAAGGAGAAGAAAGAAUGGGUUAUAUUAUGCUAG